AUGGCGGCAAAUGUGGACACUUUGGUUAAAGAUUUUUAGAACACAAAGAAAAGAUAUGGAAUGAUGGAUUCUGGCAAGCUUGAGGAGACGCGUAGAAACUUUGGAAGAUUUUAUCAGUCUGUUUGAAAGCUUUAUGUAACAUUAAUUUGAAAAUUUAUUUGUGCAUGUUGUCUUCGAAUUCACAAAAAAAUUAGUCUUGAUAUGUCUGCAGGAUAUCUUAGUUUGAAGGAAACGACCGUGAUACAAAUUCUACCCAUGAGAGAUCUGAGGCAACUUCUCCUUCCAAUUACACUAGGAAUGCUCAUGUGCGACAAAAGUUCCCUGUUCCAGACAUGUCUUGUUGGUACAGAGUAGUAGUUUUUCGAUGUUGUGAAUUCUGUUGUCUUCUUUUGCCUUAUUUUCUUAUUCUAGGGAGUGUUCGUCCAGAAGAAACCACAACUUCUCAAGGAAAAUAAAAUAAAUAGUAACAGUUUGGAUAGGAAAUUUAAAUGUAAAUAA